AUGGUUUUUCCAAAGAUAUUGAAGCCUAGAUACUUGGCAGACAUCUUCAUCACCUUAUUCUUGAAAAUAGUAUUAGCGAUAUUAUUAAAAAUACUAUACUACAUUAAAGGUGAAGAAGUUAGAGUAACAAAAGUUGAAGUUCCUAACAAGAAAACAAGUGAAGAAACCCUGGAAAAAAACACAUCAAACGAGAGAUCAAUUAACCCAAAUGAAUUAAUUAAUGAGCGUAAAAAAUUCUUUGUUGAACAAAAGGACGAUGAAAUAAUUGAUGAUGAUGAAAAAUCAGAAGAAUCUUCAUCAGAUUCGAGUAAUGAAUCAUCCGAAGAAGAAUUUGAAACCCAUCACGAAAUUUCUUGUCCCCCAUUUGAAAUAAGAACCUCACACAGUACUAAUCGUAUUGAUAAUUUGGAUAUUUUACCAUUUGAGUUUAAAUGGAAACAUGGUGGAAACGACGUUAUCAUCACAGGAGAUUUCGAUAUGUGGCAAUGCACUCAUAAAAUGAAAUACAAUCCUUUAUCCAAUGAUUUUGUUGCUGUUAUUGAUAUUGAUCGUACAAAGCAACAUGAAUUCAAAUUCAUUGUUGAUGGCAUGUGGCAAGCAAACUGGGAUUUACCAACUCAAACAGAUGAACACGGAAAUGUUAACAACGUAAUCUAUGGCUUUCCAGAUAGUCCAUUGAAUACCUUUAAAGAAUAUUCUGCUCCUUUCUCCCAAUUUGCUGCCGCAGCUUAUUAA